AUGUACAGCCGCAUCGUUGCUGUUGUCUGUCAGAAACAUUCUCUCGGGGACAAGGUCUCAUGGGCGAAUGCCGAGCAAAAUUCUGAGGCCGAUGAAAACGGGGUGGGGAGUAGUCGACAAGGCUCUUCGCAGCAUGUUGCAGCAAACCUCGUUCGCGGCGACGUCCUGCUUUGCGCCGUCACUGCUUACGCCAUGCAGGACAAUUUUGAAGGUGCACUGCUGCUCGCUGUGCAGACUAUGUCUCGCUUCAGCGAUGACACCCUCACGGAGUUCCUGAAUAUCCUCAAGGACGACCCGAAGCUGCGUCGGAAAGUAGAAGACUUCGCGCGUCGCCUAGAGGUCGCAAGAUUGGUCUCCCGCCCCGCAGCUCUGUCGCGGCACAUUGCAAACCUCAUCCGCGAUAAUGCCCUGACAUCACUGCAGAAAACAUACAACGGUAUCCUCGCCGGCCUCACUGGUCCCGACGCCUGGAUGACACUGAAGGAAGAUGAGAAAAGCGCACAGAAGCCCGUCGUCGUGCCAGAGUUCAUUUGGCCUUCGUUCCUUACUGGCUUCCUACGAUGUCGGGAUACGACGUUCGCGGAGAAGCUGUGGGACGAUGCCCUCAAAUUAGGUGUCCGACCACCUAUAUCGAUGUGGACGGCUCUCAUUGACGGGUAUGCGAAUAUGAAGGCGGUCAAUGAGGCUAUCAAUUCAUGGGAUAUCAUGCGUACUCAGGGAGUCAAGCCCGAUGCUAUGACAUACCGUGCCAUCAUCUACGCCUUGUAUCAUUCCGGUCACAUGGACGAAGCCCUCAAAAGAUUCCACGCUUUCCAGAAGGAUCUCCCAAAUAUCUCGCCGCCGCCUUUGGAAUCUGAAGUUCUCGUGGUGUACAACUCAGCUAUACACGGCCUUCUGUUCCACUUUAGAGACUCGGAAGCGCGUGAGAUCUUGGAUGGGAUGCUAGCGAAGGGCCCGAAGCCUGACAUCGUGACAUUCAACACCUUCAUCAGAUACUACGGCCGCGCUGGGAAGUUGAAGACGCUCGCGAGCAUGCUGCAGAUGCUGGAGUCGGCAGGUGUUGUCGGGGAUGUCUUUACCUUUUCGACAGUCCUAUCGGCCUUGCUCAAAGUUCGGGACGACGCGCCUCGCAUAGUGCUUAACUUGAUGGAAAAGCAAGGCGUGAAGCCGAAUACGGCCACCUUGACCGCCAUCAUCGACCACCAAGUGAAGGAGCAGUCGGAGAAGGCUCUCCAGACGGCAAUGGAGCUGCUGGAGAAGAUGGAACGAAGUGUUGAUCCGCAGGCGCAACCGAACGAAAUCACAUAUACAAGCAUCCUCACCGGCAUCCAUCGAGGUACCUGGCUUGAUCGCAAGGUUGCUCGGGAAUACCGACGGACUAUAUGGCAGAAGAUAGAUGCUCGCGGGAUCAAGCCCGUGCGGACGACAUUCAACACUCUCAUCAUGGCGUGUUUUGACAACCCAGGGGCGGAAGGUGUCCAAGACGCAAUGCAAUACUACAGGGACAUGCUGCAGCGGAGGGUGUUCCCAGCCAACGAUACAUGGUUCAUCCUACUGCACGGGCUAUAUAAAAGAGAGGAGUGGGCGCUGCUACAGGAGCUUGUAGCCGAUCUCGACAAUAGUGGUUUCACACCUGCGAAGGCUCUUUUCGAGUUGAUACAGAGGAUUAGAACACGGACAAGACGGAAUAUGCGCUAUCGCUUUUAA